GAGACAAAUACCUCGACACCUGCCAGGAAACGGGAGACUUCACUCCGAAGUAACUGAUAAACAAGCGUGAAGCAUGAGGAUCAACUCUGCUAUUCAGGCUGCUAUUGACCUCACAGCAGGAGCUGCAGGUGGGACAGCAUGCGUGGUGACUGGCCAGCCCUUCGACACUGCAAAAGUGAAGAUGCAGACGUUCCCCGAAAUGUACAAAGGAAUUGUUGACUGUUUUGUGAAAACCUAUAAGCAAGUGGGGUUUCGAGGCUUCUACAAGGGAACCACACCGGCACUUGUAGCCAACAUCGCGGAGAACUCCGUUCUGUUCAUGUGCUAUGGAUUUUGCCAACAAAUUGUCAGAAGAAUUGUUGGAGUAGACAGGAAAACAAAGCUCAGUGAUCUGCAGAAUGCUGCUGCAGGCUCCUUCGCCUCUGCCUUUGCCACCCUUGUCCUGUGCCCCACAGAGCUGGUGAAGUGCCGGCUGCAGGCCAUGCAUGAAAUGCAGUUGUCGGGAAAGAUAAUCCAGGGACACAAUACAGUUUGGUCAGUAGUAAAGGGUGUUAUUCAAAAGGAUGGUCCCCUUGGAUUUUACCGUGGCCUGUCAAGCACUUUGCUGCGGGAAGUCCCAGGCUAUUUCUUCUUCUUUGGAGGAUAUGAACUGAGUCGGACAUUCUUUGCCGCUGGGAGAUCAAAAGAUGAAUUAGGUCCCAUUCCUUUGCUACUAAGUGGAGGUUUUGGAGGCAGCUGUCUGUGGAUUGCUGUGUAUCCUGUGGACUGUGUCAAAUCUAGAAUUCAGGUUCUUUCAAUGGCUGGAAAACAGACAGGCUUUAUGGGAACAUUUGUAACUGUUGUGAGAACUGAAGGUGUACUUGCAUUGUAUUCUGGACUCAAGCCAACUAUGAUCCGUGCAUUCCUGGCCAACGGGGCACUGUUCCUUGCCUAUGAGUACAGCCGCAAACUUAUGAUGAAACAAGUAGAUUCUUACUGA